GUCUGACAUGUCACAGCCAGAGAGGAAAGGAGAAAAAAAUCCGAUGACAUCUUUGAGCUUGUAAGGGAGAGAAGAGAGGAGCCUUGUAUGUCAUCGCUGGAUCGCUGUACUGCUCAGCCACACUGACCCUCCACAUCCAUCCCCUCCACAUCUCACCCUCCCCGGACACCUACCUCGGAUUGGAGACAACCAGCCAGCACAAUGAUAGCAGCCCAGCUCCUGGCCUAUUACUUCACUGAGCUCAAAGAUGAUCAGGUCAAAAAGAUCGACAAGUAUUUGUACGCAAUGCGGCUCUCAGACGAAACCUUACUGGAUAUUAUGUGUCGCUUCAAAAAGGAAAUGGAAGAUGGUCUGUCAAGGGACACAAACCCAACAGCAAUUAUCAAGAUGCUUCCCACCUUUGUGAGAUCCAUUCCCGAUGGGACAGAAAAGGGAGAUUUCAUCGCUCUGGAUCUCGGCGGGUCGCAUUUUCGAAUCCUGCGAGUAAAGGUUUCACAUGAAAAGAAGCAAACCGUGCAGAUGGAGAGUGAGAUCUAUGAUACACCAGAGGACAUUAUCCAUGGCACAGGCACCAGGCUCUUUGACCAUGUUGCUGAAUGCCUGGGGGAUUUCAUGGAGAAGAAGCAGAUCAAAGACAAGAAGCUGCCUGUCGGAUUCACCUUUUCCUUCCCAUGCGCACAAUCUAAAUUAGAUGAGGGCAUUUUGCUGACCUGGACUAAAAGAUUCAAGGCUAGUGGGGUGGAAGGGAUGGAUGUCGUUAAAUUGUUAAACAAGGCCAUCAAGAAGCGAGGAGACUAUGAUGCAGAUAUUAUGGCUGUAGUGAAUGACACAGUUGGCACCAUGAUGACCUGUGCGUUUGAUGACCAGAGAUGUGAAGUUGGCAUAAUCAUUGGUACCGGAACAAACGCCUGUUACAUGGAGGAGCUGAGGCACGUUGAUUUAGUGGAAGGAGAUGAGGGCAGGAUGUUAAUUAACACUGAAUGGGGAGCAUUUGGAGAUGAUGGCUCUUUGGAGGACAUUAGGACAGAGUUUGAUCGAGAGAUUGACCGAGGCUCUUUGAAUCCAGGAAAACAAUUAUUUGAAAAGAUGGUGAGUGGCAUGUAUAUGGGAGAAUUGGUCAGACUUAUAUUGGUAAAGAUGGCCAAAGAAGGUCUUCUGUUUGAAGGAAGAAUCACUCCAGAACUCUUAACUAGAGGGAAGCUUGAGACUAAGCACGUGUCUGCCAUUGAGAAGAGUAAAGAAGGAUUAAGCAAAGCCAAAGAUAUACUGACAAGGUUAGGGGUGGAACCUUCCCAUGAAGACUGUAUUGCCGUACAACAUGUGUGUACAAUCGUCUCCUUCCGUUCUGCCAACCUGAUAGCUUCUACACUGGGUGGCAUCUUAGCUCGUCUCCGGGACAAUAAAGGAGUCCCCAGGUUGCGAACCACAGUAGGCAUUGAUGGAUCACUUUACAAGAUGCAUCCACAGUAUUCGCGACGUCUGCAUAAAACAGUGAGACGCUUGGUCCCUGACUGUGACGUGCGGUUCUUGCUGUCAGAAAGUGGCAGUGGUAAGGGUGCUGCUAUGGUGACGGCAGUGGCUUAUCGGCUGGCAGAGCAGAGGCGACAGAUUGAUGAGACGCUUGAGGAAUUCAACCUUAGUAAAGAGCAGUUGCAUGAGGUGAAGAGGAGGAUGCGAAUCGAGAUGGAAUGUGGAUUGAAGAAAAAAACUCACGAAACUGCUAAAGUGAAAAUGCUGCCAACAUUUGUUCGCAGCACGCCAGAUGGCUCAGAAAAUGGUGAUUUUCUGGCUCUGGACCUUGGAGGAACAAACUUUAGAGUAUUACUUGUAAAGAUAAGAAGUGGUAAAAGAAGAACUGUGGAAAUGCAUAAUAAAAUUUAUGCCAUUCCUAUAGAUGUCAUGCAAGGCACUGGAGAGGAGCUCUUUGAUCACAUUGUUCACUGCAUCUCAGAUUUCCUUGACUACAUGGGGAUUAAAGGAGCCCGGCUUCCCUUGGGAUUCACCUUCUCCUUCCCCUGCAAGCAGACCAGCUUAGAUGCUGGUAUCCUACUAACCUGGACCAAAGGUUUCAAGGCAACGGACUGUGAGGGCGACGAUGUGGUGAGCCUACUAAGAGAAGGGAUCAAGAGAAGAGAGGAAUUUGACUUGGAUGUAGUUGCCAUAGUAAAUGAUACAGUUGGAACAAUGAUGACUUGUGCUUAUGAAGAUCCUAAUUGUGAAAUCGGUCUUAUUGUGGGUACUGGCAGCAAUGCAUGCUACAUGGAAGAGACGAAAAACAUAGAAAUGGUGGAUGGAGAUGAAGGCAGAAUGUGUGUCAAUAUGGAAUGGGGAGCUUUCGGUGAUAAUGGGUGCCUGGAUGACAUUCGAACAAAAUAUGACAAAGAAGUUGAUGAACUUUCACUAAACUCAGGAAAGCAAAGGUAUGAGAAGAUGAUCAGUGGAAUGUAUUUAGGAGAAAUUGUACGUAAUAUUUUAAUGGACUUUACAAAAAGAGGAUUCCUAUUUAGAGGUCAGGUUUCCGAGGCGCUGAAAACAACGAGCAUCUUUGAAACCAAAUUUCUUUCACAGAUUGAGAGUGACAGACUAGCCCUUCUACAAGUGCGAGCUAUCCUUCAGCAGCUGGGUCUAAACAGCACUUGUGAUGACAGUAUAAUUGUGAAAGAGGUGUGUGGCAUGGUAUCGAGAAGGGCAGCACAGGUAUGUGGUGCUGGGAUGGCAGCUGUAGUGGAGAAAAUAAGAGAAAACAGAGGCCUGGAGCAUCUGGAUGUUACGGUUGGCGUUGAUGGAACACUCUAUAAACUUCAUCCACAUUUCUCCAGAAUCAUGCAUCAGACAGUGGAAGAACUCGCUCCCAAGUGCAACGUCUCCUUCCUUCUCUCCGAGGACGGCAGCGGGAAAGGAGCAGCUCUUAUCACUGCUGUAGGAUGCAGACUUCGUGAAGCUGACCAGAAUUAAGGAUCAAAUCAUCUUGCUUGUGUUUUCCUGCCUUUUCAGCACUUUCAUUUCAAGCAGUAACUGUAAUGAGGCUGGGUCCAUCCAGCUGCACUGUCCAUAGGAUUCUAACCAUGGGGAGAUAGGAGACCACCAUAGAAAAGAGUGUUACCUGUAGCCACGGCUGCUUCUGGACUCCUCUCUGCAUCAAUCCCCAUCUAAUAACACAUACUGUAUGCCGUUGGAAUAUGUUUCUAAUUUAUUCUGUUGUUUUAUACAUUAUUUAUCAGUUUGUAGAGACAGUCGUACAAUUUUUUGAUUCCACCAGCUUUACCAUUAACUCUGAGACUGGAUUUUACCAACCAUGCAGUAAAAGCAAGUCUACACAGUACAUAGGGGUUGAUUUACAAAACAGAAUGUUCACUUGCAAAGUGAAUUUUUACUUGGUAAUGAAAUUAAUCUGUAUUUAGUCCUCCAAUUGUGUGCAUUUUGUUAAAUUCCAUAGCACACAUAGCUAAUGAUUGUCAAGUGAACUUCCUCUAUCAGUCAAUCAACCUCCGUAUCUACAUGUAUUAUGUUUUUUUUUUCUUAAUUAAACUAAACAUGUUGGGAAAAUAAAACUCCAUACCCUCCAGACACCCUGAAUUUGCUUUACUUACCUAUACACACCCCCUUCACCAUCCCUGCAAAUUCACCAGCAGGUUGUCAACAAUACCUUGCGUUGAAAGUAAUUGCGCAGCUUCCCUGCCCCAUGUUGGCGAUUGGCCACUCAGGCACCAAGUGCUGCAAUGUGGGUGGCAGGUGGCUUGUCUCACACCUCAUAUCUAAAAGCACUGGGAUUUAUAUAGUGCAAUGACAAAAACUGAAGCAGUAAAAGUAAAUAUAGGAUAUGGACCCAGCGUAAGGUGGGGGAGGGGUGUUUUUUUUUUUCUUUUUUUAAUAUAUAACAAGUACUGCAAACUAUCAUAACAAGCAUCUUAUAGUUUGAUGUAGUACUGGGGCUUGGGACACUAUGGGCAGUACUGGUUUAGACAACAAAGAGCUUAUAGAAAAAAGCUGCAUAGGGCACAGUAGACAUCUGGUAAUUCUGGUGUCAGUGGCAUUUCUCAUUGCUUGUAUGAAUAGUGUUGUGUUACUAGUAUGCAUCAAUUCCACAUGUGUGUUUUGUUCUUAAUGUCAGACAAGAAUCAACCUACAUCUGUUCAUGGGGGGGGUCAUAAUUUUUAUUUUGUAGCUGCUAUGCUUAAUGGCCCCUACGACCCCACAAUCAAAGAGGUUGUACACUUUUAUAUUAAUAUUUUGUUGCACUGUGAUUGGAUGUGUUGAGAUAAGUGUGAAUUUCUGUUUUAAAUGUCUCUGUAUGAAACGAAAAAAAAAAAACAUACUGACAGAAUCAGUUUAGCCCAGAGAACCAUAUUAUGCCACACUAGAGUCACUAAUGUUAUUUAUCAACUUAUUAAACUUUUCCAAUGUGUG